UACACGUGCUUUAAUCAGCGAGGCAAGUGUGACUGUUUGUAACUUCCUGUUUGGACCGGACACAAUCUGUGCACCUGAAGCGAAGACAUCUGUGGUGUGAAGCUGUUGGAAACAACUAUUAUAUGAAAGCAGACACAUAGGAUGGCUGAAGGUGUGAGGCGAAGGAGAAAGCUGAAGCCCGUGGAGGAGGCCAUACAGUUUUCACUUGAACAGAAAGACAAGAAUGGACUCGAGGGCAGGUUCAUCAGUCAUCUUAAAGGGAGGGGUGUGUUCAGCUGUACUGACUUUGAGAAAGGAGAUUUCCUGCUGGAAUACAGAGGAGACCUCAUCAGCAAAGAAGAAUGUGAGCGGAGGCAAAGAAUAUAUCACGAUGCACUUAAAUUUUUCAUGUUUGAGUUUCGCUACAAUGGAAAACUCCUCUGUGUCGAUGCAGCCCGAGAUGACGGUUCUCUUGGGCGGCUUGUAAACGAUGACCAUAUUAACCCAAACAGCAGGAUGAAGACGAUUCGUGUGGAUGGAAAACCUCACUUAUGUUUAUUUGCCACAAGGAGCAUCUGUCCUGGUGAAGAGAUCACAUAUGAUUAUGGUGAUUCUGAGUGGCCAUGGAGAUGCACGACUCUUAGUGUGGUUGAACCGUCCACUCUUGAAGUCAACACUCUGUCCCAGUCAGAAGACACAGACGUAAAGAAGACUCUUAGUGUGGUUGAACCGUCCACUCUUGAAGUCAACACACUGUCCCAGUCAGAAGACACAGACGUAGAGAAGCUGAAAGUUGUCAGUGAUCAGUCAGUGUUGGACUUCAGUAUCUGUGCAGCCUCUGAAGGACUGGAAAAGGUGACUCUGAAGAAGGACCAGUUACUAUUGGAUGAUCAGGACUGUGUUGAGAAGAUGUCACCUGUCAAAGAGCAUGUGUUGAAUGAGGAGCAGAGCUUUUGUGCCCCAGUUGAAGGAGUUAAGGAGGUCUGCAGACAUGUUGUGGUCACUUCAGCAAUAUCAAGCAUGGAUAAAUGUGCUGAAUGUGUGGGACCUGUUGCAGCUCUCAAGUGGAUUGGCCUGAGAUGUAAAUUGUGCUCCAGUUUUUGGCAUAAGUCCUGCUAUCUGAAGCUUCAUGAAUGGGAUGGAAGACGGUCAUCGUGUGAAGUAAGUUCAGAGGAAGAUGAGCUGUCAGAUGAGGAUUACAUACCUCAGUCAGAGUCAGACCAUCAGUCAGACAGUUCAGAUGAGUUGACAACAAGACCAGCACGUUACGACCAAGCUAAACUCUUAGAUAUACAGGAAGCUGCGUCAUCUAAGUUUAGUGAACAUCUGAGAUCAGAUGUAACUACCCUGAAUGUGUCUAGGGGCAAAGGAAAAGGAGUCCUGAAGGUCAUGGAAGCAGCAAGUGUGUAUGAUGAGUCUGAUUUAAUGUGUCAUGAGGAGCAGUUUACUGAUUUUGAGACAGACAGUGAAUCAGACUUUCCCAGAAAGCAAGACUCAGUGGUAUGCAGGUCAACAGAUGUGCUUAUGUCAUCACCUCAAUCACACAAUAGUAAGCUUUUGAAUUCAAAAAGCACAGUAACAUUGAGAGAAGAGAGGGAACGCAGCAUGGCUGGAGGUGAUCAUUGUGUGCAGUCACCAAAAAUCUCCUGUUCAGCAAAUAGGAAGAAUUAUUGUUACAUCUGUGGGAAACCUCAGUCCAAGCUAGCGCGCCAUUUGAAAACUCAUAUGGCUGAAGUUGAAGUUGUUCAGGCUUUGUCACUCCCAGUUCACUCAAAAGAACGUAAAGCAAUGCUGCAAAAGCUCAGGAACAAGGGCAACUUUCAGCAUAACACUGACGUUUUACAGUCUGGAGAGGGGGCUCUUAAAAUAAAACGAGCACCAAAAAGAAAGUGUGAUUCAAAGCAGUUUUUGCAUUGCAUGUACUGCAAAGGGUUGUUUGUACGGAGAGAUCUGUGGCGUCAUUUAAAAAGAUGUCCCUCAAAACCAGCAGCUGACAGUGAAGAGCAAGGGAGGAGGAGAGUCUUGGGCCUGGCAUCUAUGGCAGAGUCUUCAUUCAGUCAGCACAUAUCACAAGGAGUUUGGAAACUCUUAGGUGUGAUGAAGCAGGAUGACAUUUCCGCUGUGGUCAAAAAUGACCUGAGUAUUCUUCAGCUUGCACAGUCGUUUUUUAACAAACAUGGUCAUGACCCUACCAAAUUUGAGUAUAUUCGACAAAAACUCCGUGAAGUUGGAAGAUUGUUGCUGACUUUGCGUAGACAGUUUUCUGUGUACAGUCUUGAAGAAGCUCUGAAACCUGCCAAUUUUCAUAGACUUAUUCGAGCGGUUCAAAUGGUGUCUGGCUAUGAUGAUGAGAGCCACUGCUACCAAAGCCCAAGCCUUGCCCUGAAACUGGGGCAUUCGUUGAAUAAGAUUUGUGAAAUCAUUCAGUGCCGAGCACUGAUGUCUGAAGACAAGGAAUUGAUCUCAUCAACAGAGACCUUCAAAAAGCUCUACUCCUCAAAGUGGUCUGAGAUGAUCUCACACACUGCUUUGGUGACACUGAAUGAGGCCAAAUUUAACAAGCCAUCAACACUUCCCUUCACCCAGGAUGUCCAGUCUCUUCAUCAGCUCCUUGAGAAGACUGCAGAUACUGCUUUUCAGAAACUACAAGAGACUGCAUCUCCUCAAAGCUAUGCAGAACUGGCCAAAGCAACACUCACCAGAAUCAUUGUUUUCAACCGCAGACGUGCAGGAGAGGUCUCUAAAAUGCCGCUGAAGGCUUUCAAUGAAAGGGACGGCACUUCUCUCCAUGAAGAUGUAGCGAUGGGCCUGAGCAAGUUUGAGCAGAAACUCUGCAGCCAUUUCAGUCGAGUUGAGAUCAGGGGGAAGAGGGGAAGAAAGGUUGCGGUUCUUCUCUCUCCUGAUAUGGUCGAUGCCCUGAUGCUACUGGUCAGCAGGAGAGGUACAUGUGGAGUGCUAGACACUAAUACUUUCUUGUUUGCUCGGCCAAACUGCCAGAGUUACUAUAGAGGCCAGGACUCUCUGAGGGUAUAUGCAAGGGAAUGUGGAGCUCAAAAUCCAGAAUUUCUCAGAUCCACUCAUCUUCGCAAGCACGUGGCUACGCUCUCUCAAAUCCUAAACCUGAAAAACAACGAGUUAGAUCAGGUUGCUGAUUUCUUAGGGCAUGACAUCCGUGUCCACCGUGACUAUUACAGACUGCCAGAAGCCACUACUCAGCUUGCUAAAAUAUCAAAGCUACUGUUAGCCAUGGAAAAGGGCUGCCUUCCUAAUCUUCAAGGCAAAUCCCUUGAUGACAUUGAGAUUGAAGAUGAGAUCAACAUGACGGAUUCUGAUGACAGUGAUCCUGAAGAAAGUGAAUCUGAUGAUGAGGCUCUUGCUGGAGCUGCGGGAAACUCCAGUAAUGCUGGUGUUCAGAAGAUGCCCAUUGAGAGCACCACUGAACUUCCUGAAGAGAGUGAGAGUGAGGCAGAAACUGAAAACCCACGGAGAGGGCAGAAGGUGUCCUGGUCAAACGCUGAAGUUACAGCUGUAAUGAAACAUUUUAAGGGCCACAUAGCUAAAGGAAAACUGGCCCACACUGACUGA